AUGGUCUCGUUCGUUUGCAACUAUUGCCAGGAAACUCUGAAGAAGCCCAAGCUCGACAUGCAUGCCCAGCGCUGUCGCAACGCCUCAUUCUCCUGCAUUGACUGUAGCGUCGAUUUUAUGGGUACGACCUACCGCCAGCACACCUCCUGCAUAAGCGAGGCCGAAAAGUACGAGGGGAAACUGUUCAAGGGCAACAAA